AUGACUACACCCCCGAAACACUUCAGCACCCUUGAGCGUGUUGCUAGCCGAGUAUUUUCACACUCUCUACCGGAUGCCUCGCCUAUCGCACAAGCCUCUCUCGCCCGAGACCUUGAAGAAGAUACAGAUUCGGAAGCCGCAGAAUCAGAAUCCGACGAGUCUGAAAGCCCGAUCCUACGCCCAUCCAUAUCUGCGCCAGGAAGAGGAUAUUCUUUUGUGGGAUCAUACCGCCGGCCCAGUUUUGCUGGAGCUGGAAACAGAGCCACUGUCCUUCCUCGAAUGAUACAAGAACAUGACAAACUAUCCAAAGAAGAAAGACAACGGGCGUUGGAGGAAGAAAGAAGUCUACUUCGAGACAACAACAUCAUUCCACCCAAACAUCCUCAACUGGAGGACACCGGUCCGAGGAAAAGUCUUUUUGGCAACUACCUGCACAUUCCUGGUGGUGACAGAAAAGUGUCCCGAGAUGAAGAAGCCAUAUCAGCACUGGACGGUGCAGUUGGUCUUGCGUCGGAAACGGCACCGUUACUAGGCGACUCAAAUCUCCCGUAUGGCGGACAAGGUGAUCCGAAGAACAUCAACGCGAAAUGGGAAGAGGCCGUUGCUGCGGGAAUGAUCCACACGACAUGGCAGCGCGAAGCCAAAGUGAUCGCCCGAUACUCUGCACCGUUGAUGGUCACCUUCAUCCUCCAAUACUCCUUGACCGUCGCCAGUAUCUUCACCGUCGGGCACAUCGGCACUGUUGAACUUGGGGCUGUCAGCCUCGCCUCCAUGUCCGCCAACAUCACCGGCUACGCGAUCUACCAAGGUCUUGCGACCUCGCUCGACACCCUCUGCGCCCAAGCCUACGGAUCCGGACGCAAGAAACUGGUCGGUCUCCAGAUGCAACGCAUGAUCUUCUUCCUCUGGACGAUCUCCAUCCCUAUCGCCAUCAUAUGGCUGCUCGCCGACAAGAUCCUGAUUGUCCUCGUCCCCGAACCCGCUGUCGCCGAACUCGCCGGCUUGUACCUGAAAGUCGUGCUGCUCGGAGCUCCUGGCUACGCUGCCUUCGAAGCGGGCAAACGCUUCGUGCAAGCGCAAGGCCUAUUCUCAGCAUCCCUCUAUGUGCUCCUGUUCUGCGCCCCCUUUAACGCCUUCAUGAACUGGCUCUUCGUAUGGAAAUUCGACUGGGGCUUCAUUGGCGCUCCAAUCGCCGUGGCCGUCACCGACAACCUCCUCCCCCUCGGCCUCUUCAUCUAUGUACGCUUCUUCUCCAAGACCGGCAUGUCCUGCUGGAACGGUUUCACCCGCAAAGCCUGGCAGAACUGGGGUCCCAUGGUGAAACUCGCAUUGCCGGGCGUCGUGAUGAUCGAAGCCGAAGUGCUUGCCUUUGAAAUCCUCACUUUCGCAGCAUCGUAUUUUGGCACCACAGUCCUUGCCGCGCAAUCCGUCCUCGCAACCUUGACCUCGCUUACGUUCCAGAUCCCCUUUCCUCUCUCCAUCGCCGGCUCCACGCGCGUCGCAAACCUCAUCGGCGCCACCCUCGCCGAUGCCGCCAAAGUUAGCACGCGCGUCACUUUCUCCGCCGCCGUCGUCGUGGGGAUUCUCAACGUCACUCUGUUGUCCGCACUUAAAGACUAUAUCCCGCGCCUCUUCACGUCGGACCGGGACGUCGUGCGUAUCGUGUCCGACAUUCUGCCCCUGUGCGCCGCCUUCCAACUCUUCGAUGCUCUCGCGGCAAACUGCAACGGAAUCCUUCGCGGCCUCGGCCGUCAGGAAGUCGGCGGCUACGUGCAGUUGUUCUGCUACUACGUCUUCGCCAUGCCGAUCAGCUUCGGUACCGCAUUCGGUCUGAACUGGGGUCUCUGGGGCUUGUGGACCGGGGUGGCGCUCGCGCUCGGCCUGGUCGCACUAAUCGAGUUCGUCUAUCUAUAUCGCACCGAUUGGCAACGGAGCGUCGAGGAGGCGAGGGCACGGAAUCAAGAAGGUGGUGUAUAA